AUGCGGCUAGCUCUGCUUCUACCUCUGGCUCUCCUGUGCAUAUCCGCGUUGCACGGCGCAUCUGCCGGAAGAAGUACGAAAAAGACUCCUAAAUCGCCGCCCCCGGCCACGCCGCCCCCGCCGUCACCGCCGCCCCCGUCGCCUCCCCCACCGCCUGACUGCUCAUUCGCAAACUCCCUUUCGGACUUCGUGCUCUCCGGCGACGCGCUCAGCGCGACCUACAAGGAGUGCCCCGCCGUCACUCUCACCUCCGACGCCGCGCUGCUGGCGGGCGGCGCGCUCAACCCCUCCGCCAUCGUCCUCACCGACCGCGCCUCUUCCGCCGGCAGCUGCGCGCCGCUGGAGUUUUCCGCGUCGUUCGCAUUCGCGGUGGCGUCCGCAAAGAACGGCGUAGCGAAGGCGGGGCAAGGCCUGACGUUCUUCGUGACGGCGGACGCGGCGUGGGAGGCGGGCGACGACAGCGGGUUCCUCGGGUGGGGCGGGACGGGCGACGUGCCGAGCUUCGCGGUGGAGUUCGACACGUUUAAGGACCAAUGGGACAAGGCCACGCCGCACAUCGGAUUCAACCUAAACGCGUCCGUCCGAUCUGUGUCCGUUAGCAAGGCAGCCAUUCCCUCGCUCAAGGACGCAAAAAUCAAAUACGUCUGGAUCGACUACAACUCCACCACGAAGCAACUCUCCGUAUUCCUCAACACCGCCAAGAGCCGCCCCGCUAAGAACACGUUCGUUACAAGCUUCGACCCGUGCGCACUCUUUCCGGGCCCGCCAAACGACCCCACCGGCAGCACGGCGCUAUACAUGGGGUUCAGCGCGAGCACGGGCGCAAAGUAUUACUCCGCGCACACGCUCCUCGGCUUCGACGUCACCGCUUCCGCCGCCCCCGCGCAGACCGGGGGCGGAGGCGGGGGAGCGGGCGGUGAUGGCGGAGCGGGCGGCGAAGGCGGAAGCGGGGGAGCUGGGUCCGGUGAUCCUAACGGCGGAGGUGGUGGCGCUAGUGGCGGCGGGAAUGGUACUGAGGGGGGAGGAGGUGGCGUAAGUGGCGGCGGGAAUGUUACUGGCGGUGGUGGCGGUGGCGCUAGUGGCGGCGGGAAUGUUACUGGCGGGGGAGGAGGGGGAGCGGGGGGGCCAUCCGGCGAUCCGACGGCCCCGCCGAGCUACUUCCCCACGCGCAUCGGCGACCGGUCCCUGGGAGGGCUGCCUGUGCCGCGCAACGACUCGAAGCCGAUGCUGAACAAGUGGUUCCACUACGCGUCCGUGUCGCUGAAGAUCGAGAAGAGCAACAACACGGCAAGCUGGGCGCUCAAGGAGCACAGCAACGUCGACUGGCGCGCCAACCUGUCGGCCGUUGUGGAUCAGGACUCGCCCAGCCUCUGCAGUUCCUGCUGGGCGUUCGCAGCAGCGUCGGCGAUCGACGGCGCGUUACUGGGUUACCGCAUCCAGCCGCCGCAGCGCGUGUCGGUGCAGCAGAUGCUGACGUGCGGAAUUGACGACUGCGACGGCGGGUACACGACGGACGCGUUCGAAUACGCCAUCGCGAAUCCGCUAGUGUCCAAUGCGGUGUACCCGUACAUGGCGAAUGACAGCACCACGUGUAACAAGAGCAUUAUCCAGACAAAUCCAGGAGUGGCGAUGGUGAGGUUCUACGAGAAGGCGAAUCUGCUGGGUCCCGUGGGGCUCAUGCUGGCACUGCAGUUCCAACCCGUGGUCGUGCACGUGGAGGCCGACCAGGACUGCUUUUUGAACUAUAAUGGGACGAGCAUACUGACGGAUAAGACGUGCUUUGCCAACCGUAUGGUGAAUCACGUGGUGGUGCUGGUGGGGUAUCACCUGGAGGGACCUGGGCUGCCAGGCAGCUACUUCAUUCUGCGCAACAGCUGGGGCACCACGUGGGGCGACAACGGGCACAUGAGGAUUGGGUUUGACCGCUCGCCGUUUGGAUACUGCGGCAUGUGGAGUGAACCGGGCUACUACCCCAUGCUGCCUGCCGUCCCCGGCAAGUGGUGUGCCGGCUUCCCCUGCGGCGCAGGCAAGUGCUCGGACCCGCCGCUGCCGCCGAAGCCAGGGGAGAAGCCGAAGCAGUACUACUCGUGUGACUGCACCAACGAGCCGUUCCUCAUCCCGGCUGUUAACGUCGACGGCACCGACACCUGUAUCGUCAAAACGGUGUGUAUGCUGCAGCUGCAGAACCCCUGUGGGGCCGGCACGUGUAUGGACGAUGGUUUGGGCGGCUACAACUGCACGUGCCCUGCCAACUACACCUCCACUGCUCGCCCCGACGGCAUGGCCACCUGCAUUCCGCCGCCCAUCGCAUCGACCACAUACACCAUCCAAGCGGGAGACACAUGCGACACCAUCUGUGCUGCCAACAACAUCACCACCACUGACUUCCAGACCAUGAACCCGACCAUUGAUUGCAGCAGCAACCUCACGGCAGGAGUGACGGUCAACGUGACAUCAGCAUCGGCUGUCAAAAUGUGCAUCAACUAUUACACCACACAGCCG